GGGCCUCAGGCUGGGUGGAACUGGGCACUGGGGUGUUUGGUGGCAGCACUUAGGGACCCCCACUGCCCCAUCAUGGCAUCUGCUCUCACCGUCCUCCUUCUUGGCUGCUGGCUGGCCGGGCACAGCGGAGUGUGGGGAGGGCAAGAAUUUCGCAAACCCACCAUCUUGGUGAGCCCCAGCAGGGUGGUGGCGCUCGGGGGAAACGUCACCAUCCGCUGUGAGGGUUCAGGCCAGGGCAUGCAGUUCUUUCUGCGUAAAGCUGGAGACCCGAAUCCACAGGUGCGGACGGUGCCUGAUGGGACCGUGGCUGAAUUUCCCAUCGCCAGUGUCAGCCGGGAAGAUGGAGGGAACUACACCUGCGACUAUCGCUCCAUAGCAGAACAGAAUCGCACAUCGCAUCCCAGCAACCCCAUCAAAAUCAUUGUAGGAGAGCCCAUCUACCCCAAACCCAACAUCUACCCGAGCCGAAGCAGGGGGGUCUCCUUGAGGGGAACUGUGGCGAUCUGGUGUGAGGGGCCGCACCGGGGCAUGCGGUUCGUGCUGAAUAAAGAGCGACGCCAUUUCCCACCUAUCGAUGCGACUGGGUUUAUGGUUGUGUUUUCCCUGAACAACGAGAGCCGGGAGGAAGGGGGGAGCUACAGCUGCUACUAUCACAGCAUAGUGGAUCCGUUCAACAUGUCGUACCCCAGCGACCCCAUGGAGCUGGUGGUGAGAGAUCCGAACUUACCCAGACCCUCCAUCUCUCUGAGCCCCACUGGGGUCACCAGCCCAGGAGCAGAUGCCACCAUCCAGUGUCAGGGGCAGCACCAGAACGUGACGUUCUUCCUGCACAAGGCUGGAGACCUGAACCCGCAGCAACAGAUGGACCCUGCUGGGGACAGGGCCGAGUUCCACAUCCCCACCGUGGGCCGGCAGCACGGAGGGAACUACAGCUGCAGCUACCGGAACCGAUCAGAGCCCUUCGUCUCCUCAGAGCCCAGCGACCCCGUGCAGCUGGUGGUAGCAGGAGGCUGGAUCUGGCUGUGCAGGGAAGAGAAUCUCCCAAGGGACGAGCCGCUUUCCCGUGGGGUGCUGAGACCCCGGCACAAACCUCCCUGCCCCCAAACACCCCUGCCUCAGAGAAUCCUGCCCCCCAACAGCUCCUCACCUGACAACAGCUCCCCAGGAUUGAACCUGUGCUCCUGGCUGUCCGGGCACAGCGGGGUGUGGGGAGAGCCCAGCUACCCCAAACCCAACAUCUACCUGAGCCCCAGCAGGGCGGUCUCCCUGGGGGGCGUCGUGAGCGUCUGGUGUCGGGGGCAGCACCGGGGCGUGCAGUUCGUGCUGAAUAAAGAGCGACGCCAUUUCCUACCUGUGGAUACGGACGACUUUGAGGCUGUGUUUCCCAUCAGCAAUGUGAGCCGGGAGGAUGGUGGGAGCUACAGCUGCUCCUAUCACAGCAGAUCGGAGCCGUUCAACGUGUCGUACCCCAGCGACCCCGUGGAGCUGGUGGUGAGAGAUCCCAGCUUACCCAGACCCUCCAUCUCUCUGAGCCCCACUGGGGUCACCGCCCCAGGGGCAAACGUCACCAUCCGGUGUCAGGGGCAGCGCCGGGACGUGAGGUUCUUCCUGCACAAGGCUGGAGACCUGAACCCGCAGCGACAUGUGGACCCUGCUGGGGACAGGGCUGAGUUCCACAUCCCCACCGUGGGCUGGCAGCAUGGAGGGAGCUACAGCUGCAGCUACCGGCCCCAAUCAGAGCCCUUCGUCUCCUCAGAGCCCAGCGACUCUGUGAAGCUGGUGGUAGCAGAGCCCAGCUACCCGAAACCCAACAUCUCCCUGAGCCCCAGCGGGGGGAUCUCCUUGGGGGGAGCUGUGACUGUCCGGUGUCAGGGGCAGCACCGGGGCAUGCGGUUCAUGCUGAAUAAAGAGCGACGCCAUUUCCCACCUGUGGAUUCAGACGGGUUUGGGGCUGUGUUUCCCAUCAGCAACGUGAGCCGGGAGGAUGGUGGGAGCUACAGCUGCUCCUAUCACAGCAGAUCGGAGCCGUUCAACGUGUCGUACCCCAGCGACCCCAUGGAGCUGGUGGUGAGAGAGCCUGGAUCCGGCCGUGCAGGGAAGAAAAUCUCCCCGGGGGACAAGUGGAUUCUCCGUGGGUUGGUGAGACGCCGGCACAAACCCCCUGCCUCCAAACACCCCUGCCUCGGAGAAUCCCCCCACCAAACAGCUCCCGACCUGACAGCGGUGUGACGGGUUCGGUCACAGAGACCCCCUUGGGACUGUUACCUGAUGUGCUGAGAUGACCGCUGAGCCCAUUUUCCCUGCCAGUUUGGGCCUCCAGAAACCUGCCCUGUUGAGCCGGACACGCUAUGUCUGCUGCAACACAGACCCAGGGUCUGAACCACGCCCCCAAAGCUGCAGACUUAACUGAAAACAGCUUAAGAAGUGCUCUUGUCUUCAUCAGCCAGACACCCAGUUCCCAAUGGGAUCCAAACC